AUGACCGUGGGACAUCAAGACAACAGUGCAUGUGUUGCGGAGUCACCCGGCACCAAAACCCUCGUACUACUACUAGUAGUGCAUCGGUAUGACAAUCUAUGAUUGGACCUGUUAACGGGCCGUAAAUUUCACACAGUACAUCUUCGAUAACUCUCCUGUGCUGCACACCGUGGCAGGCCUGCAUGCCUUAACCUCGCAGUCCUAUCUGUGCUAGUGAACAAAGGUGACAUGCCAUCCAUCCAAGUGUUCCGUCGUGCGUACAUGCAAGGCUAUGGCUCUGACCGCGGCCCUUGGCGCUAUCGUCUCUUUCCAGAGCACGUGCUACGUGCUCAGAUCCUGAAACGCUGCACAACCAGUAUCUCAAGUGACGGAAGCAGUCUUGGUGCUUCUAUACAGCCUCAUGACGGUUCGGCUAACGAGGACAGAUAUCUGAUCGUGGAUUUGAGCCUCCCAAAUGGUGUCUGGAGCUUGAACUGUGUCUUCGAUGGGCAUGGAGGGCAUGAAACAGCUGACUACCUCGUCGCCGAAUUACCCUCUCUUCUAGUGGCUGGAUUGUUGCCCACAGUAGCCAACUUGGAGGGUGUUUCAGAUGUCCUUACCAGAGCGGUCUUUGAUGUGGACGAAGCAAUAAAACGGGACUUCCUCGAAGUAUUUCCGGAAGAAGUCGAGGAGAUCGCUACGAUGUCAGAUACAACAGUCAAAACGCGGGUCAACGACCAGUCUUCUGGAGGACGAAAUCACCAGAAAGCCCUGCGUUGCUUGAGGGGAUCUACAAUCCUACUAACCCUCGUCGACCCUACAAGGAAACAUCUUUGGGUGCUAAAUCUCGGUGAUGGCGUCGUGGUCCUCGGAAGUAGGCGAGACGCGAGUUCGCAAUGGGACGCAUCCAUCUUGAGCGAUAAUCACAAUGCCAGCAACCCCGCUGAGGUCGAUCGCAUCAAACGGCAACACCCUGACGAACCAGAAUGCGUUUUCGACGAUAGAGUGCUCGGUAAUCUUGCUGUCACGAGAGCUGUCGGAGACCACGCCUUCAAACUGCCUCGCAUCUACACUGAGAAAAUAUUCUUGAAUGUAGAACCGGGAUUUCGCGUCCCUGCUGUGAUUGAGUCUUUGAUUCCACGAAAUCUGAGCCCGCCGUAUGUCUCGAAUCUUGCAAGCGUUCGUUAUGUCGAUCUUCGUGAGCAGUCAAGCUGCGACUACUUUAUCUUGAUGUGUUCGGACGGCCUGGGAGACCUUUACGCGGAUGACCCAAAUCGCGUUGAAUCCCUUACAUCUCUCGUCCAGAAGUGGGUGGGAAUAGUAGGUGACGUCGUGAGAGACGACAUCCAGGAGGCAAUGCUGCGCUUGUUAAGACACGCUCUGGGGGCAGAAGACAUCGAUGAUGUCUCGCGCAUGCUUAGCGUAGAGAUGCCCGUCGCUUAUAUGGACGAUACGACUGUGAUCUUACAAGUGCUGUAGUAUCCGAUACGAAGGCAUGUGCAUGUAUGGGGUAACGAAUGCGGAUUGUACAGAUGCCAAGUGCCAAAAAUGCUACGUCUGUAAAUUAUAGAUAAAGUCAGGAAAAGUCGAUUCGUGUAUCAUCGCAGAU